AUGGCUGGAGUGGAUAAGUUGCACGAAAGCGGAAUUAAAGGCAAAGGUGUGAAGAUUGGUAUUAUUGACACCGGGGUAUACUAUCUACAUCCGUCACUUGGUGGCGGUUUUGGACCAGGUUAUAAGAUACCUUUUGGCUACGACUUGGUUGGAGAUAACUACACUAGAACAAAUACUCCCGUUCCGGAUGACGACCCUUUGGUUACAUGUGCAGUUGGGGGACAUGGCACUCAUGUUGCUGGUAUUAUCGGUAUGACUGAUGCCCAAAACGAAGGCUUUGGACUUGUGGGAGUUGCUCCGGAGGCGACCAUUGGUAUGUACCGGGUGUUUGGAUGCAGUGAUAACUCUGGAGACGACGUCAUCAUGGCAGUGAUGCAACAGGCUGCAGAAGACGGUGUCGACCUUAUCACCACGUCUCUCGGCAUCUCUGCGCCAGGCCUGGCUCCGGAAGUUUUGGCUGUAGGCCCUGUGGAAAAUGAAGUCUAUCCAACGGUAUACAAAGCACAAAACAAUAUCGGCAGUUCACUGGAAUACAUUUCGGUUUUUCCUGUUAUUGCCGAUAAGCCGGUCACUAUUUUCCAAGCCGGCAGCGGUCUCGACUUUCCCGUCACAGAACUGCAAGCUGGAGAUGGAGCAAAUACGGCAGUAUUGAUUUAUUUCACAAAGCUUUGUUCGCUCAGCGCAUACUCGCCGGAACUGUCAGCACCCAAUGUGACAACCAUCAUCUACUAUACAGACGAUCCGGACACACCAGUCCUUUUACCGGAGCCAGAUACCGCAGCUCAAUUUACUGUUCUCUUCCUCCCCCACAACCAGUCACAGCAGAUAAUCAAGGACAUUGAGGGCCUUGCUACCGAAGAAGAAUAUACGCUACUCUUCAACUCAUCCACGAUACAACACUCUCCCAACUCCGCUGGUCAUGCCAUCGACUACUUCUCUUCCAUCGGCCCGACCGUGGAGAUGACACUUAAGCCCCAGCUCUCUUCUCCAGGAGGAAAUAUUCUAUCCACAUACCCACGCUCAGCUGGUGGGUAUGCCGUCUUGUCCGGCACAUCGAUGGCUGCGCCCUUUACCGCUGGCGUCUAUGCAUUGGUCAAGUCACAGCGACCAGAUCUCAGCAUCGCAGAGAUUAUAUCGCUUCUACAGUCAAUCGCAGUACCAAUGAAGGCACUGGGUAUGGAUAUCAUCUCUUCUGUCACACAGCAAGGCAGUGGAUUGAUCAACGCCCGGCAAAGUACUAAGACAAUUACGAUCAAAAAUACGUCCAAGAAACUCAAAACGUACUCCAUUUCCCACUCUGGCGCAUCAUACAUUCGAACUUUUAACAAUUUCACCGCGGGCUCGGACCAGGUGUUCGUCAAAUUUACCAACGUCCAUGAGGCCAAGUACGCCACCGCCAAAUUAUCCCAAUCGAAACUAUCCCUGCAGCCGGGAAAGUCGGCAAAGAUCGAAGUGCAGUUUACAGCCCCAGAUGAGCCGCAGCCAUACUCGGAGCCCGUCUACUCUGGUCAUAUCAAGAUUGCCACCGACAGCAGCAGUUACGUGGUUCCAUAUCUCGGGGUACCAUAUAGUAGAAGCGACACAGUAUAUAUUGCGCGCAACACAACGGCAUGGGUUGGAAACGACAGGCCUUAUGUAGGGUCAGACUCGACGAGCCCUGGCAUGGUCAACAUUGGCAAUUAUAGCAUCCUUGGCAGCGACGGCUCGGUCCCAGAUGAUAUCAAUGUGCCCAUUGUGAACUUUAUCAUCGUGCAGCCCAGCAAUCUCAUACGCCUAGAAACUGUGCCCGUCAACACAACCUUCGUCCCUACUUACUACGGCUUUGACCCAUCUGUCAAGUUUGAUGUUGCAGACGUGGAUCUACCACUGCAGGAGGGCUUCCUCGGCGUUCCAAAUUACGGUAUUAUGGCGCAAUGGGGUAUUGGGCAUAUCCCUCCCGGCAUUGACAUCGCAUCUCUUCUGGGUUGGCCGUAUCCCAACACGGUCACCGGAUUCAUCUUGCUCUAUCCGUUUCUCAUGCACGAGAAUGGCACUGGUUUUGACUUGAUAUCUGGUGCUUUCCGGCCCUUGCUCCGCGCUUUGCGUUACGGCGUAAAUGGCACAAGUGCUGACGAUUACGAGUCGUGGUUAGGGCCUAUCAUGAAUGUAAAGACGUCGUAA